UUUGCAGGACAAAUUAUGAAUUCACCUGUUUUCUUUCCUUUGAGCGGGGUUUCCAGUUUCCAAAACUGAUGUGAUCACCCCAGCUAGAAUGAGGGGAAGAGCCGUGGGUCCCACAUUUCCGAAUCCAGAAGAAAGAGAGAUCAUGAAAGUUGACUACAUGGGUGUUGUGAUGGAAAGUGAGAACGAGAAGCAGACUCCUCAGGAGGAAGAUGCUGGGUCAGUGGAAACACAGGGGGUAUCACUGCAAAAAUCCAAAGGGAAGGUGCCCGUGAGUCAUGACCAGGGAAAUGCCUGUGAGAAACAGCUUAGACCAGAGAGGCAGAAGGGAAACAAGCCAGGGAAGAGAGGGGGUAAAUCCAUCCAUUGUUGGGAAACGCACAAAGACCUCAAUGAAACCCCAGCCCGGCCGAGAAUCCUCACGGAAGAGAGAAAAAACACAUGUCCUGAGUGUGGGAAAAACUUCAGUAACCGCUCAGGCCUUAUUAACCAUAAGAGAAUCCACACCGGGGAGAGACCCUAUGAAUGCCGUGAGUGCGGGAAAAGCUUCCCUCGGAGCUCAGCCCUCAUCGUACAUCAGCGAAUGCACACGGGGGAGCGACCCUACGAAUGCUGCGAGUGCGAGAAAACCUUCAGUAACCACUCAGACCUCAUUCGACACCAGAGGACUCACACAGGGGAGCGGCCCUAUGAAUGCAGUGAGUGUCAGAAAACCUUCAGUUACCGCUUGGCCCUUACUGAACAUCAGCGAAUCCACACGGGGGAAAGACCCUACGAAUGCUGUGAGUGCGGGAAAAGCUUCAGUUACCGCUCAGAUCUUAUUAGACAUCAGAAAACCCACACGGGAGAGAGACCGUACGAAUGCUGCGAGUGUGGGAAAAACUUCACUGACAGAUCAGCCCUUAUUAACCAUCAGAGAAUUCAUGUGGGAGAGAGACCCUACGCAUGCUGCGAGUGCGGGAAAAGCUUCCGUUUCCGCUCAGACCUCACUACGCAUCAGCGAACCCACACCGGAGAGCGACCCUACGCUUGCAGCGAGUGUGGGAAAACCUUCAGGCAGAGCUCACACCGCAUUCGACAUCAGAAAAUCCACACAGGCGAGAGACCCUAUAAAUGCUGUGAGUGCGGGAAAAGCUUUGCUGACAGUUCAGUCCUUAUUACGCAUCAGAGGAUCCACACAGGCGAGAGACCCUAUAAAUGCUGCGAGUGCGGGAAAACCUUUGCUGACAGCUCGGCCCUCAUUAGACAUCAGCGGAUCCAUACAGACGAGAGACCCUAUAGAUGCUGCGAGUGCGGGAAAGGUUUCCAUCAGAGCUCAACCCUAACUAGCCAUCAGAGAAUCUGCAAGGGAGAGAAGCACCCUGAAAACCUUGGCUAGGGCCGACAAAAGAUUUUUUUUUCAUCAUUCCCAUUUGGCACCAUUUGAGUCACUGUGGCCCCCCAGCUGUCCCAGGUGAUUUGCCUGCUUUUGCCUUUUGCAGUUCAACCUGUGGGGUUAAUCCCAUGGUCCUUUCUUUCAGCCCCCUUUUCCUAAGAAUAAGCCCCUUCGUUUUCAGUUUAAACCAAAUUUUAACCGAACAAAUCCCAGGCUCUACAAAAGGUAUUAUUCUUUUCUUUCUUUUCCGAUUUUCACCCUACUUUUGGAGCAUUCGGAUGUAUAAAAAUAACUUGUUUUAUUAGGAAAAUACAAGACAUGGGAUGAGCGAGUACGAUAGUACGAUAGUACGGGUCUGUGUGUAUACGCAAAGCUGCCCGUUGAAGGAAAGCUCUGUAGUUGUCUAGGAGAGACACGCACUAAACAACCGGCGCACACAAGCUGUGACGUGCGUGCGCAUCUGACCGUGCUGGUGAAUCUCACGCCCAUCACCUUCCCAUGUCAAGCUGUGAGCAGGUAACGGGUUUAAAGAUCUGGCACGCUGCAAGGGGAAGGCAAUGAAAAUCUGCCUCAGAAUACGUUUCAGGACGCAAGUACGUAGUCAAAUGUUUUAAAAAUCCAAAAGCAGGAGAAAAGGAUGAAGUGGAGUGUACGUGGUUCAAAUGGUGUGGGCCAGUGAUUACAUGUUUUUAUAGGCCACUGUUCUGAGUCUCCAACGGUAACCUGCUUAUUCAAAUGAAACGUUGUAUUUGGGGGCUAGAAAUAUAUUAUUGUCUUAGACUCAGAGGCGGCAUUAUGUUCUGAGCUCUGUUUUAGUCCUGCAGCAAACCACCAUGAAUUCCAUUCAUCAAAGCAUUAAUCUACUGAAUACUUCUCCCCCUCCCCCCGUCCUUAUGUCCACCAAAAUCGACCAAUAUUUACCCAGAAAAAUUAAUAGUUUUCCCCACCGAUUUUCACCUUUUUUGUCGUUGCUGUAGGAAUAAACACUGAUAAAUCCCCGGGAAAAUUAAAUAAAAUAAAACCCAAAACCAAAGGGCCCUACCUGUGAGUCAUGGGAGUGUGUGUCCCGACUCCCGUCAAUCCCAGGGGGGAGACAGAGGGCUAAUCUUGACUAGCUAAAAUCUCCCUGGGCCUCAUCUCCGCUCUGCUUUUCCAUGGAGUUAGCCAGCUCGAGUUCGCUGGCCUGAUGUAAAAACACAGCUCUUCUUGCCGUGAAGAGAGAGACCCUUUUAUAGCGCCCAGGAUUACGGAGCACGUUUCCUCAUGGCCUCCAUCAUUUUUCUUAGUCUAACUAAACCAACUUGGCAUACGUGUUUCUACUCUUCCUCCCGCUGCAAAGCAGUUGCUAGCGUCAGCACGUUCCCCCUUUGGGGGAAGAAUUGUCUCAUUCCCAGUUGUUCUCACGUUGUCCUGUUGGUUGCUAAACAGUUGUUGGUUUUAGUUCAGUUUUUCCUCAUUUAAAAUGGAUUUAAGCAGGGGCAGAGGCAUGUAAAACGUCAUUUCAGCCUCUCUUAACACCAGAGGGAAAUGGGAUGAAUCAAAGGAAUUCCCUCCGUCCCUCCAUCCCAGUAGUGUUCAUCUCUGCACGGCUCAUACAGAAGGUAUCUUCUGCACAUGCUGCUUGUCCGCCUCCCCAAGUGUGAGGUGAUGCCGUGUCCCAGGGCUCUGUGCUUGGGAACGGUGCUUUGAUUUCUUUGAUCCUAAAGCCGACUCUUAGGCCUGGAGAUGAAAGUGUCAAAGACUUUAUUGACCUCAAAGAAAGUGUGACCAUGCAGAGUUUAAAUCCCCGUUUCCACUUAACGGCAAAGCCACCGCUGGACUUUUCCCCGCCGGAGUUGGGAUUGUUUGCCGACGGGAACAUUGGUAUGAUGCUGCUGAAACUUUUGUAAAUAACUUGACCCAGUAAUAAUGAGACAGAGCAGAGUGAAGAAAGUUUGAACAGGUCAGAGGAGAAUGUGAUGAGAGAAUCCGUUGUCCUGAUUCUGAGUCAUCCGAUGUAACCGGCUCUGGAAUUUUACUUAAUAUGAAACUGAAAAUGUUGUCUCCCUCUCUGAGAUGUGGGUUUUUCUCUCCUUACCGAAGGCUGUUCGGUCACAUCACUGGAUAUUAAUUUUGUUUGGCAGAAUGUAGCUCAGAAUUAUUGGGGACUAUUAUGACCAUUUGCUAAAAGUCAUUUCUUACUUCCCUUUAUGAUCAUCUGGAGAAAGUUCUGUCAAUCGGAGAGGACACUCUAAGCAAUUGGACACGCUACCAGGGAAACACUAAUGUUUUAAAGUCUCUCCUUUCAAAUGGUGAACAACAGCACAACCCAGAUUGUGUAACUAACUGAAGUAAACGGAUGUGAUCAUGUUUGUGUUCGGUUGUGUUAGGUCAGUGUUGUCUCAGGUGAUCUGGAGAGCGAAUUCCACAGCCAGUGAGCUAGAACUAGGCGAAACGACCCUGUAUUUCCCAGAGAGUUGUGAUGCAGGCCCUACCGGCAAUCACCCCUGAUGAUAGCUCUGAGCUGAUCCUACGAUUUGGAAAACGCUCUCCUUAACUGUGUGGAUGAGGAGGCAGUGGAAGUGGUAUUUUCGAUGAACUCACGCCUGGUGGUUGCUGAAAACGGGUAUAACAUCCCGAGAUUUUCCAUGGGUGGGUAGACAGUUCUACUCCAGAGAAGUGUGAAUGUACCCUGGCAAAGGUCAAAGAUUUGGGGGGAAUUCAGGCAGAAGUAGCAGGCACCCCCUGGCUGGCUUUCACACCAGCGAAGGAAGCUGUCAAGAACCGCGUGCAACUCAAACUAUGUGUAGACCAGCGUUCUCUAGUUCAGUGGCACUGGUUACAAUCCCACAGUUAGCGUGGGAACAAUUGUCCCUUUGGAUCCAGAGUUUCAUGAGACAAAGAGGGAAACAGCUGGUGCCUGCAGAGGACAGUCCUUCCCCCUGGGUCCCAGCCUGGCUGCCUGCUGGAAAUGUUCCUGGUUCAGAUUGCAGGUUACUCAAAUGCUGAGUCCUGAUUCGAUGCUUUUUCCUCUGAGGUUUUCUCUUGUGUAUUAUGUAGCUGCACCGUUUUUCCUCCGGCUACUGUGAAAGAUUUAAAAAAGGUGAAAAUCGAAUAGAGGUGUUUUUUCUCAUGGUAUAGACCUUCCCACCGAGUGUCAGACCCCCUCCCAUCAACCCUUGCGGGAGAGGACAGAUACACAUGUACAUGAACUCACUGAAGUGGAAAGCUUCUUAACCACAACUUUAUAGAAGCGUUCACUAAGUGGAAAUGGGGCGAACAGAAAACGAACAUAUAUGAUAAGAUUUUUGAAUAUGUGACUGUUUCCAGUGCAAAUGGAACUAAACAGGAAAUUAAUGAUUAGUUGAAGAAUAAAAGUCUGACGUUAAAACACAAAUUAUCUCAGAAAACGGAGAGUUGUUCUGGAUGACAUUAGAGUCUUGGGUACUUUCACUUGCACACCUGUGCGAAGGGAGUUCUGCUUCUGUUUUGUUUUAAGUUUAGAUUGAUUGUAUUAGGACAGGUUGCUUACAGUAAAUAAAACACUGUGUGU